UAGUCGCUGUAUUUCCCGACGGACGUAACAGGACUGUGUGAGCGGGAUUAUAUCAUCCAGCCUACCGCCCGGUGAAAAGGAUAUAUACGUACACACACCGUAAGGUCUACCGUUACAAGCCCCCACUCCGGUACGUUCUGACCGUCUACAGUAGGCACCAUGUCGGACCCAGCAGACCCAGCCGCCGCCAACGGGCCCAUGUCCGAAGCGGACGAGACCGCCGCCAUCCAGAAGCGAUGCGACGAAGUCACAGACGAGUCCCUGGAGAGCACCCGUCGGAUGCUGUCACUGAUGGAAGAGGGGAAAGAAGAAGGAAUCAAGACCCUGGUCGCACUUGAUGAACAAGGAGAACAAUUGGAAAAGAUCGAAGAAGGACUGGACCAGAUCAACAAGGACAUGAAAAUUGCUGAAGGCGCUCUGAAAGACUUGGAAAAGUGCUGCGGACUCUGUGUGCUUCCUUGGAAUAGAACCAAGGACUUUGACAAAGAGCAGGAGAGUGAGAACCCGUGGAAGGCUAACGAGGACGGGCAGGUAGUAAACAGCCAGCCCGUGCGCAUGGACGACCCCAGCCAGACCGUCCAACUGUCCGGAGACUUCAUCAUGAGAGUCAACAAGGACGACGCACGGGAAGACGAGAUGAAUGAGAACCUGGGCCAGGUCAACAGCCUGAUCGGGAACCUGAAGCACAUGGCCGUGGACAUGGGGACUGAGAUCGAGGGCCAGAACCGCCAGAUCGACAGGAUCAAGUCUAAGUCCGAUUACAACGAGAUGCGUGUGAAAAGCGCAAACCAACGGGCGACCAAACUCCUGGCCAAGGACUAGAACAGGCCCCGCAAUGUUGUGCACACCUCUCUUUUCGUCAACUGUCUAUGUGUCGGCGUUUAUGUUGUACCUUCAUGUUGUGUGGUCGCUACUUCUUAGGUGUUCCGGAGUACGUAUUUCUAUCGCAUAAAAACGCUUGCAUGAUGACCAAUGGGGCCUCGUGUGAUCAACAACGCUUUUCCGUAUAUAACAUGCUAGUCAUGUUAUUAAUCUGCAAUAAUAAACAAAAAAAACUGAUAAUCAAGAUAAUCCAUGCUCCUCCGUCUUCCGUGCGAAGCCAGAUCUGUAACUGUGAAAGCAACAGAACCGUAGGACCAAAUCAACCGCGGGAGUUUUGUUUCACACAAAAUUGGGAAUAUGAACUCCUCUGCAACGCAUAGUCUUACCGUUUCCUACGCAGUGUUUGUACCAUUUGACAAAGGGGAAAAUAAUUUUACGGCGAGGAUGCGAGGAGCAAGGAUGUAUUAAUAAUAAUAAUAAUAAUAAUAAACUAGAUAAAUGGGGGAAAAGGAGAUAAAAAAGAUAUGCAAAAAAAACUUAGAAGAAGAAGAAGGGAAGAAUUGUAUCAUCGAUUGUAAAGCCAAUGUUGUUUGAAGGGAGAUGAUUCUUGCUGUGUAUGAUACAAGGAUUUGUAUAGCUAUAUAGACUACAUAGUUACGUGUGUGUGUAGACCAAGUGUUCUAGUCUGUGUCGACGUUGUUGUACCUAGUAAAAAAAAUACAGAAUAGCCGCUGUUAGUGUUUGUCCAAAGCUUCAAAACUUCACUGUGUAAAUGUUGAUAUUUCAGGCGGUAAUUAACAAGAAUCGCAUUGAGGAUGCCGAUAAGAGAACGAAGCGAGCCCUGGUCAAGGCGAAGUAAAACACGUUCCAGCGGCGGCUGGCGACAGGGUAUAUCUAGGGUGGGUAGUCAGUGAGGAUACGGUACGGAGACUUCUAGCAUCGUAGAUAGCUACGGACAUAUUUCUACUUACGUUUAGACGGUCAAUUGUCAUAUACCAAAGUGUGCGAGUUCCGACUGA